CCGCUGCAGUUCACUGUGUUUCCGUAGCCAGUUUGCUACCCGCUGAGCCCAGACCGGGGAAACAGCUCACGGAAACGAUUGAUCCCGAUCGAAUAACGUCAAAGCUGGCAACAUUUAAUGGCGGAUUAACACUGAUAUCGGAAAGGACUCGCUAAAUCAAUGUUCGUAACUCGGGUGCUUUUGGAGAGUGCGCUGGCAACACCCUCCGUAACAUUUGAGAUGUAUAGCUACAGAAAUAUAUUAACUGUGCGUUAUUUCGGCUAACUAGCUAGCAGCUACCUCCCUCUCUAUCCAAUUUAUGGUAGCUCGCUUAAUCUGUUUUCUCAACCGUCGAGUCUGUACCGGAGUAAAAUGAAGAAGUUUAACAUUAGAAAGGUGCUAGACGGCUUGACGGCGGCUUCUUCUUCCUCCUCCGCAACUGCCCAGCCGGGUACUCCCAGGGAAAACGAUGUUAUCCAGGAGACUCUCCAGUCGGAGCAUUUCCAGCUUUGCAAGACUGUGCGCCAUGGCUUCCCAUAUCAACCAUCCUCCAUGGCUUUUGACCCCGUCCAGAAAAUCUUGGCCGUCGGGACUCAGAGUGGAGCUUUGAGGCUCUUUGGCCGUGCGGGUGUGGAGUGCUACUGUCAGCAUGAGAGCGGUGCGGCAGUCAUCCAGCUCCAGUUCCUGAUCAACGAGGGGGCGCUAGUGAGUGCCUUAGCUGAUGACAGCAUCCACCUGUGGAACCUGAGGCAAAAAAUCCCUGCGAUCCUGCAUUCUCUCAAAUUCAACAGGGAGAGAAUCACAUACUGCCACCUGCCCUUCCAGAGCAAGUGGCUUUACAUCGGCACGGAAAGAGGAAACAUCCACAUUGUCAACGUGGAGUCCUUCACUCUCUCAGGCUACGUCAUCAUGUGGAACAAAGCCAUCGAACUAUCCACCAAAACACACCCAGGGCCUGUUGUGCACAUCAGUGAUAACCCCAUGGAUGAAGGAAAGCUUCUGAUUGGAUUUGAAUGUGGGGUUGUGGUGUUGUGGGAUUUGAAGUGCAAAAAAGCUGACUACCGCUACAAUUAUGAUGAGGCGAUCCACUCAGUAGCCUGGCACCAUGAGGGUAAACAGUUUGUUUGCAGCCACUCUGAUGGCACUCUGACCACAUGGAAUAUACGAGCCCAAGCCAAGUCUGCACAGAUCAUCACACCACAUGGAAAGCAGCCUAAGGAUGGAAAAAAGCCAGAACCAUGCAAGCCUAUUCUGAAGGUGGAGUAUAAAACAACAAGGGCUGGGGACCCAUUCAUGAUCCUGUCUGGAGGUCUGUCUUACGAUACAGUGGGGAGGAGAGCCUGUCUGACUGUGAUGCAUGGAAAGAGCACUGCUGUCCUAGAGAUGGACUACCCCAUCGUAGAUUUCCUAACGCUGUGUGAAACUCCAUAUCCAAAUGACUUUCAGGAGCCUUAUGCUGUGGUGGUCCUCCUCGAGAAGGACUUAGUUGUAAUAGACCUCGGACAGAUUGGGUACCCCAUAUUUGAGAAUCCAUAUCCUCUGACUAUCCAUGAGUCACCAGUGACCUGCUGUGAGUACUUUGCUGACUGCCCUGCUGAACUUAUUCCUGCACUUUACUCUGUUGGCAGCCGGCAAAAGAGACAAGGUUACAGCAAGAAGGAAUGGCCUAUUAGUGGAGGAAACUGGGGCCAAGGCACUCAGAGUUACCCAGAGAUCAUAAUCACUGGGCAUGCUGAUGGGUCGAUCAAAUUUUGGGAUGCUUCUGCAUUAAUGCUUCAAGUGCUGUACAAGCUGAAGACUGCCAAGGUUUUUGAGAGGGCUCGCAGUAAGGAGGAGAAGGCAAACACAGAUAUAGUAGAGGAGGACCCGUUUGCCAUCCAGACCUUGUCCUGGUGCCCUGAGAGCAGGAUGCUCUGCGUGGCCGGCGUGUCUGCCCACGUUAUCGUCUAUAGAUUCAGCAAACAAGAAAUCACCAUUGAAGUUGUGCAGCUUUUGGAGGUGCGGAUGCAGUGUGAGUUUAGCGAUGGUCACUCCCCUGAUCCAGGAGGGGAUCAGACCCCCACCCUGCCUACCCCGGGAGCUUCCUCCAGCCCUCAGGAGAGUGAGCCUCCCACUCAACCCUCCACAGGCAGCAACUCCUCUGACGGACCCCGGGACAAUAAACCAUGCCUGCAGGUGCGGAGCUCCCCGCUGAAGCAGUCUCCGGGCUACCAGGUGGAGCUGGUGAUCCAGCUGGUGUGGGUGAGCGGGGAGCCACCUCAGCCCAUCACCAGCCUGGCUAUCAACUCCUCCUACGGCCUUGUGGUGUUUGGAAACAGUAAUGGUCUAGCUGUGGUGGACUACCUCCAGAAAACUCUGCUCCUCAACAUGGGCACAUCGGAGCUGUACAGCCCAUCUGACCCCUACCAGAGGCAGCCUCGCUCGCCACGCAAAACACGGCAUCCCUCUGGAGACGAUCCAACUGUGACGUCUUGCAUGUCCAGACUUUCUUACUUGUAUUCUGAGUCUGUGAAAAAACUACGUCCAUCUCACUUGACAACGUGUGAUUCCAACGAUGGGUCCAACACCUCAGAGGACCGCUGCAAAUCACCUACUUCAGGAUCUACCUCCCCUUGCAAUUCUGAUGAUGAACGGAAACAGAAGUUCAUAGAGAAGGUGAAGUUCAAAAGCAGACGCUUUUCCAAGACGGUUGCCAAUGACUUUGCCAAGAUGUCACGGAAAAUUAGCUCGUCUAGCGAGCAAAAGCCAGACCUGGCAGAGGAGAGGUUCCAACGAUGGCGCGCUCUCACAAAUAAGAAGCACUUUUGUUAUAUGAACGAAGGCAAGGCGGCGGCCAGGAUGACCCAGAAGGGGGCCUUCUGUAGAACUAAAUCAGAUCUCAACUACUAUGCCAAGGAUAACGCUUUCACCCGCUCACGUAGUUCAAGUGUGACCAGCAUAGACCGAGAGUCCCGAGAGGCCAUCUCUUCCUUCCACUUCUGUGAGAGUUUCCCCAGGAAGACGGACAGCGUGGUCAGCCCCUGUCUGCUGGUGGGAACCACCCAGGGCACUGUGAUGAUGGUGGCCCUCAGCCUGCCGCCCCCUGGGGACCACAGGCUGCAGCAACCCGUUGGCAUCUCCUCCUGUGGCACAAUGGUCACACUCAAAGGAGGCAUUUUGACUAUGGCCCUGUUGGACAACACUGGAACUUUGCUGCCCCCUUCCUACGAGCCAUGGUACGACCCAAAUGCCUCGGACGAGGAGAAGGAGAAAAGCCGGAGGCGCAGGCCAGCCUCCCCUCCCCCGGCACAAGAGGGUCAAGAUUCCCAGUUCGCUGUGCUGUGUUCGGAGAAACAGGCCAAGGUGGUGGCCAUGCCCUCCCAAACCCGCAUCUACAAACACAGCAUCACCGAGUCCUCCUUCGUGCUGAGGGCUGAUGUUGUGCAGAUGGCCGGAGCUUACUGCAUCGCCUGUUUCUGUGCUAACGGCCAUAUCAUGACCCUGAGUUUACCCAGUCUACGGCCUCUGCUGGAUGUGAACUACCUGCCGCUGACAGACAUGCGGAUAGCCAGAACGUUCUGCUUCUCCAACCUGGGUCAGGCCCUGUACCUCACCUCCCCCACGGAGAUCCAGAGGAUCACCUAUAGCCAGGAGACCUGCGACAACCGGCAGGAGAUGCUCAGUGAGUUGUUUACCCCUGUGGAGACACCAGAGGCUCCUAACAAAGGUUUCUUCAAAGGCCUGUUUGGGGGUGGCGCUCAGUCUCUGGACAGGGAGGACCUCUUUGGUGAAACAGGUGCUGGUAAGGCCUCCCGUAGCCUGGCCCAGCACAUCCCUGGCUCAGGAGGCAUGGAGGGCAUGAAGGGUGCAGCGUCUGGGGUUGUGGGAGAUCUGGCCCGCGCCCGGAUAGCUCUGGACGAGAGAGGGCAGAAACUGGGCGAGCUGGAGGACAGAACGGCAGCCAUGAUGGCCAGCGCAGAUUCCUUUUCCAAACAUGCUCAUGAUAUGAUGCUGAAGUACAAAGAUAAGAAGUGGUACCAGCUCUGAUGGCAGCGUGUGGAGCAUCAGACUCUGUUAUCACACUCACCAGUAUCUCGAAGGAGCUGCAGGUCCUUCUUCUUCUCCUCUUCUUUAUUUCUCUCCAUGGGGUUCUGCUCAGCAGACUCAUUCUUUUAUUCUCAGCACAAUAUCAUAUACACUCUGCAUUACCUCAGUCACCAGAGGACUGCCGCGGAGUAGACACUGGCCGACCCAUCGUAAUGAGAAUGGAAAGAAAUGGAAGAAGAGAAGCUCUUAGGAAUCCCUCUUUCCGUUUAACCUUUGUUAGAGCGACAAUGUUCUUGCAACAUCAGCCCGCAGAACAGGAGAGAGGUGACCUUUCAUAUCCAUCAGUCACACACUCAUAUAUAUCUCAUAUCUACACACACUGCUGUUUUGUUCUAAAUGAGGAAAGACAAUUCUGCAAAACAUGUACUUGUGGUGGCCUGAUUGCAAUUGUUCUUUUUUUCCUUUCUCUACCCUUUAUGGUGUUUGCCAAACACAGUGGACUUAAAUGAGGAGAAAAGUCUGAUGAGCACUAGUCCUUCGAAUCUAAUUAAGUCCAUGAAGAUGUAAGUUUCUAUAGGAACGAUUGAAUCAAUGAAGGACUUGUGUUGCUGUUUGUUUUUCUGGUUUAAAUUAUUUUUUAAGGGUCCUUUUGUCAGUUUGUUUUUGUCAAUCCAAGAAAGGGCCUUUCAAGCACUGAGAACCGUAGAUACUAGACAGGGAGAUGAUGAAUAUAUUGCCUCUCACUGAAUAAGGGCUGGUAGUACACUAGUUCAUCACCGCCAAUUUCUUUUUCACACGAUUUUCCAACCAAGCUGUUUUAAGUGAGAAAGACAAAUGGCGUGUUUUCUGAGAGUCACUUUGGUUUUAUUUUAAAUUAGACUAUUUAUUGGAACCGUAUAGAUGGAUAGAUAUAAUGGAUAGGAAAUAAAAGAAGUUUCUAUGUUGUGCAUUGAAUUUUUUUUAAUUUUUUUUUCAUUUGGUCAAUUAAAUGCCCAAAAAAGUGAUGAAAAUGUUUACCCCUGAUGAAGAGUUUACAUUGAUCUAUCAGUAAAGAGAAGAGUUGAUACACUGGAAAACCCCUGAAGGUCCUAUAUUCUUCUGGCUUUCAACGGGCUGUAGCUAAGUCACGAAUGAGAAGGAUGAUGUGUUGUAGGGCAAGACAAAGAAUGUCCUUAAUGCUAUUAGCAUAAAUGUAUAUUUUGGUUACAAUUAAUUUUUUUUUAAUGUGAUAAAGAUUCUAUCUAUACACGAUUAUUCAAAUUUCUUUUUGCCAUUCGGUCUGUCAUAGCGGAUUUGUGUCUCGUCUCUCAAUGUGUAAGGAAAAAAGCAUGGGUCUCUUACAGCACAAUGGAAAUGGUGACGCUGUCUUUGUGUUGGUAGCUGCCAGUAGAAAUGACCAAGCACUACAGAGCGUUAACACGCAGUGCCAUUGGUCAUCUCUGAACCAUUCACUUCAAAUCAGUUUCUCUUCUGCCUUUGCCUCAUGACGCAUAUAGUCUAACGUGUGUGUGUGUGUGUGUGUGUGUGUGUGUGUGUGUGUGUGUGUGUGUGUGUGUGUGUGUGUGUGUGUGCGUGCAUACGUAUAUUCAGGAAUAUGUGUAUGGACGCCGAUAUUUAUAAUACGGCAUAGAUAAAGUGUAUUACAAUAGGUCUUUUGAGGUUUUUGUUUUUGCUUGACAGUGUUUUUCAAUGUGGUUCACUAGAAUUCUAUUGUAAUUCGGUUUCUUUUUCAUGAGGUGCAAGGAUAUGCUGCUAUUUGUGUCAAUGUAGGAGCAUUAUCUGUUGGUCUUUUAUUUUGAAAAGAGAGACAAGACUUUGUCAGUCCAGAUUGCUGCCAAAUGUUGUAAAUAACGGGACAGCUGGACACAAAUCUGACAGUGCAGGUUCAGGCAACGUGACCUACUGUACGCUUGCAGCCAUGUUCUUUUCCGACACCAAAGAGUUGCUUAAUUUCACAGAGUUGUCUUGAUUUUUCCUAAAUGGUAAGAGACCGUCUGGAUACCAUGGAUAGCACUCUUUUUAAGUCAAGAAGUCUGCUGUGUGGAGGGUGGAAGGGAGUGGGGGAGUGGAUUGGCUUUAGCUUCUUCUUCUGGGCAUGCCACCCUCAUUACCCAAACUGCUGUACAUGUGUUCAGAUAACGGGCAAAGUGAAUUUGAAGAGUUUAAUUCCAAAAUGAGAUCAUGUACCACUGAUGGAAAAUGGUUGCAGGCAUGAGGUAAAACUGUUAGAAGUUUUCAUCCAUUUUCAAAAUGUUUUUUUCCAAGAUAGAUAUACAGCAUUUUGGAAUAAAACACUUCACUUUAAGCUGGCUGAUUUUAAUCUACUCUACUGUGUACUGCUGCGAUAAACCCAUCUGAAUGAACAGUUAUGUGGGUUUUGCACUAUUCUUUUUUUUUUUUUUUUUUUUUGUACUUAAAAAUAAUUUUGUUUGUAUGGUUUUAAUGUGUUUUAUUUUUUCGUGUCCCGUUUUGCUUGUUUUUGAAAGGACCAAAACAUGACCGUACCUAUGCUUAUAACUAUGUCAUUUGCCAAUGAUGCUGAUUGCUUCACUCUCAGAUUUGUUUUCCACGUCAGGUUAAUGAUACUAUGAUAUAUUUAUAUAUUUGAAAACAAAUGUGUAUGUAUACAUUUAAUUUCAAUAAUCUAUUAAAAAUGAAUACCUUUAAUGUAAUUUUUUUUUCAAAUAACUCACAUUAAUGUCCAAACAAUGGUUGUGCAUAAUUAUCCAUCAUCCAGACAUGACAAUAAACCUUGUCAUGUCUUGGUUGUAUUGGUUAUAUAUUGAACAUGCUCAUUUCAGAUUCAAGCUUUCCUACUGCAGGAGGGUCAUCUCCUCUUGGUGGGCCGCUGAGUCUUUCUGCAAAGUGUGGCCUCAACUUCAAAGUGCUUCAGUUUGCAACAUAUAUGGUCAAAAUGGUCUCUUAUUGCACAUUGAAGGAUGCAUGAUAUUAGGUGUUUACAAACUUGAAACAACCAUGUAUUAUCCCUCUUAGAGAUUGUCUGUUGUGGGCAUUUUUAUUUACCACCAUGUUGAACAAAACUGAAGUUCUCAUCACACAUCUGAAGGUGUCCCAUUUUCAUUUAUUCAUGCCAUUUGUGUAACUGUGAGAUAUUAUAUUUAUUUUAUUGGUACAUCCGUUUCUGUUACUGUUUGCUUCAUGAAAUCUCUUGCUUUCCCUGCACUGUAGACAUGCAUAGAAACCGAAGCUAGGCUCACAGCACCGUGCAGGAGAACUCAAGGCCAUACUUCCAUCCAUCUGUCUGUCUUCUGGGAUGAAUAUCUGUGGAGUUGCAGUAUUUUCUCAUAGUAGGCAAUUUUUGUACAGUUUUAUUAAAACAAAUUUCACAUGGAUGUCUGACUUAAUCUGCUGCCACAAACAAUUUAGACUGUAGAUACAUUAUAUAUAGAUAUUAUUGUGCAAUGGAAAAAUAAAUGUAAAAUCAAUCAUAA